AAACAAAAGUUUGAUAAGAGGUAGAGGAGGGCCACUGCUGAUAAGUGAUUUUAAGUGAUAAAAAGUUGACAAAAGUGUUUUCAGCUAACCCAAUGUUUAUUUUUCCACGUCCGGUUUCUCAGUUUACCGCAACCGCAUGUACCCAUUUUGAUGAAAACGAUAUUACAUCUUCUAUAUCCUCCUAGAACAGGACUGACCUGAAGAAGUGAAGAAUCAAGAAUCCCUGCUCCCCGCAAGUUGCUUUAAAUGUGUCCGGAUCCCUUCUUUUCGAGUGGGCAUGAGUGAUAAUCUAAUUGCUGCGAUCAUAACUAAAGAUUGUAGGGUAACAGGUCAGUCAAGAAGACAUAACUGUAUUGAAUGUGCUUGCAGGCAUUAUCGAACCUAUGACGAAAUUAGCAAUCAUAUUCUUACCAUGUGAUCUCUAUCAAGCACGUAAUGGUUUUCUAUAUGGAAUAGUUCAAACUCUGGCAGAAGGAUCAACUGUCUUCUAUGUUUUAGGACAUAAUGAAGAAAGAUCUCCACUUAAAUCGAAAACCGGGUUGAAAUACUUGGGAUCUUUCGGAUCUGACAAUAAUGGUGAACUCAAGUUCUCUUCAGAGAGACAUUGGCUCCAAGUGCAGCUACUGAAUCAAGAGCUCCUAAUACAUCAUGCAAUUGGGCAUAGUAGGAAUUUACUCAGCGAUUGUUCAUCAGUCAUAUCAAUCAUUUAUGACCCUCAAGCCUUCUUAACGUCAGAAUUGUUGGAAUGUUCUGCCAGUCCAAGCAAAAUCACAGGCAAAAUAGAGGAUGUGGAACACCUUAAAAUUUUAACCAGCCUGUUACAAGACUUGAAGCAUGAUACUAUCCGGAAUAGCUCUGUAGAAAAUUUUCCCCGUUCUACUUUACUGCAAUGUCUGUCUUAUACUUUAAGACUAUUGAAGCCUGUUCUCUGCAUUUCUCAGAAGCUUUUUCCUGUUUUGAAAAUUUUCUGGAUCUGCUGUCGUUUCAUUUGCUUCCUUGAAAAUGUCAUCUGGUGUAUAUCAACGUAUGUUACGGAGAAGAAACUCACUCUUAAAGCAGGAAACUACAUUUUUGGGAGAGUUCUGGAUUCAAUUUUGGGAAUCUUGACCCUUUAUUACCUGAUGGAGAAUUUUACAAAUGAUGAGCUGUUCCAGUUGAUGGCGAAUCUGUCAGAGGAUAUUGUUAUGAAGUUGCGCAUCAUUAUUCACUGGUUGAUGGGAAGCCCUGCUGGACUUAAAUUGAAUGCUCCGUUAACUAAUUUGCUUGGACAGUUUUAUCUAUACCAUGUCAAUCUUUGGUGGUCCUUUUUAGUUGUCACCCGACCAGGGCUGGAGAUAAUUUAUGCAGCCUUCUUGCGAAUCGGUUUACUUGGAUUAUCUUUUCAAAUUUCAAUCUUAUCCGAUCUCCUAAUGUUUACAAGUUUUCACAUCUACUGCAUUUACGUUUAUGCUGCCAGGUUGUUUAAUCUCCAAUUAACAUUCCUAUUCUACCUCCUGCGGGUGAUGAUUGGGCGCAAGCGAAAUCCAGAGCCAGGACAAGUGGAUUCAGAUCCCUAUACCACUGAGACAUUGUUCUUAGGAACUUUGGCAUUCACGAUUCUUCUUUUCCUUCUACCAACCACCUUUGUAUAUUAUUUAAUGUUUGCAAUUUUGCGAAUGAUACUGGUGGCAGUGGGAGGUCUAUUGGCACGAAUCAACCUUCUCCUGCAGACCCUUCCAGUCUUCGUUACAUUUCAAUGGUUCUUCAACAGCUCACGAAUGGCCAAUUCCUUUGACCUGAGACCAAAGUCAAUCAACUCUCACAGCAACCAUGUUGUGCUCAGCAUUGCUCCAGUUACCACUUCACUCUGGUCCAUUAUCAAAUCAAGUAUACCUGAUGCAGUGAAAUUUCCCCGACAGGUGGACUGGCCUCACAUAAUUCGAAGCCUGGCAUUUGGACGACUUAUUUACACCAUAUAGAAAAAUGUGAAAGAUUAAGUUCCUCAUAAAUUUUUAAGGUUAAUAUAAUAAAUUUUUUAUACAUUAUUAAAUAUCUCAUUAAGAUAAUCAAAAUUGAAUAGUACAAGCAAUUGAAUUCAGAACUAGUCUAAGAGUGGGUUCGAAGAACUAACACAGUGACAAGAUAAUUUCCCGGUUUUAACUAUGUUUUAAUCAUUUUCAUUAAAAUAAUUUGUACUAUAGUAUUUUUCUUAUCAUUACUGGGAACAAAGCUCAAAAACAUACAUUUAAGGGGCUUAGAGGACAGGCGCAUAAGCACAGUUAUUGGAAAAAUUGAGAUAGGCAAUUAAGAGUUCAAGGAAACUAGUCUUAAUGCAUAUCCUGUGAAAAAUUCGGUCUCAAAUUCCAAUUUUUAAGCAACAAAAAGUCAGUUUGUACGUUUUUUCAGCUAUGAGGAUCCAAGUAAUUUCGAAACUUCAAACUCGUAUUUUUCGAAAUAGCAAAAACAGCACUUGUGCGCGUUGUCCUCCAAGCCUCUCAUUUAAGCAAGAGAAUCCAUCAAAAAAUAUUAAAUGGUUCUAACAUUAAAAAGUGGGGAGAAAAAUUUUCAGACGUCCCUUACAUGGUCAUCAAAUGCUGUUCCCUCACUGUUAAGUUUUGCAGGGCUUAGACAAUAUAUUUCUAGGAUGAAAGUUGACUGUCUAAAAACCAAAUGAGUUUCAAGUGUACAUUAUACUGGAAUAAUAUGCAAAUUUUGAGCAUAUGUUGCGGGUGAGGCGGAUUGGGUAAGAUUUCCUCUUCAUAGCCAUGGUAGAAGGAAAAAGGUACGGAAAUUGAACCGUCUUGCCUCUGAUCGACUUGUCCGAUUUGUACUCCAUGUCAAAGUGAGACAGGACCCAAAAAAUCACUUGCAAAAAUCAAUUUUAUGGGUGUUGAAGUUUGACAACAUACAUGAUUAGAUUCUACAAAUGAUGACUUGAAGUGAUUGAAAAUAAUGAAUUUUCAUCGAUGUUAACAUUGGAAGAAAAUAGGCAAGCAGUUCAAAUCACAAAAAUUGUGAAACUUUUAAGACUACUCACCAGUGUCUUCAAUAGCUGUAACUUCGGGUUUCACAAGCAUCCUUGAUUCUGAGAAUAUAGUCUGGUAAAGAGCAGCCAAUUGCAAGUAUCUGACUGUUUCUUCCUCUAUGUUUACUACUUUACCUGUGAUCAAAGUUAAGGCAUUCACAAAAAAUUAAAGCUGUCCUAGAGAACCUAAAGAAUAAAUAAGGAGGGCUCAGAAAUGUACCAAGGUAGCUAUGUAUUAUAUUACAGUCAUAAUAAAGGGUGCCCUAGACCACUAGAACUA